GUUACCGUGUAGUGCUUUUCAGCCCAAAGUUUUUUCACAGCAAUUUCUCAGCGGGCGGAUUUGAUGAUUUUGACAACAACAAAAACAACAAAAUACACAUAACUAAUAGUACGGACGCGCAACGUUUUUCCGGCGAUUAGGCAAACACGGUAUUUAAACAGUUAUAUUCGUUUUCGAAAAGUGAAAUACAAAUUUGGAAAAAAUGCAGAUCAAAGAAUUCCGCGUGACUUUGCCAUUGACUGUGGAAGAGUAUCAAGUUGCACAAUUAUUCUCAGUGGCCGAGGCGUCGAAGGAGAACACAGGCGGUGGCGAGGGCAUUGAGGUAUUAAAGAACGAGCCCUUCGACAACUUUCCACUGCUCGGUGGCAAAUACACUUCCGGUCAAUAUACAUAUAAGAUCUAUCAUCUGCAAUCAAAAGUUCCAGCGUACAUAAGACUAUUGGCACCCAAGGGCUCUCUGGAGAUCCACGAGGAGGCAUGGAAUGCAUAUCCCUAUUGUCGAACAAUUAUCACGAAUCCUGGUUAUAUGGACAAAAACUUUCUUAUGCAUAUCGAAUCAAAUCAUUUCGACAAUGACCUUGGCGAUCUACCGAAUGUGCACGAACUGACGCCGGAUAAGCUGAAAGCACGCGAGGUAGUGCACAUCGACAUUGCCAAUGAUCCGAUAUUGCCUGCAGACUUUAAGCCCGAAGAGGAUCCCACCACCUACCAGUCAAAGAAGACGGGACGUGGGCCCUUGCUCGGUGCCGAUUGGAAACAGCGUGUGGAUCCCGUGAUGACCUGCUACAAGCUGGUGACAUGCGAAUUCAAAUGGUUCGGCCUGCAGACAAGAGUAGAGAAUUUCAUACAAAAGUCCGAGCGACGCCUUUUCACAAACUUCCAUCGCCAAGUUUUCUGUUCUACUGAUCGCUGGUACGGUCUAACAAUGGAGGACAUUCGCGCCAUCGAGGAGAAGGUCAAGGAGGAGCUGGACAAGGCGCGGCAGGUGGGCGAAGUGCGGGGCAUGCGUGCGGAUGCCGAUUAAAUAUAUUGUAGAAAAUUGUAAAACAAAUUAUAUAAAAUGUGUAUUGUAAAAAGGAGUAAAACAACAAAAAACUAAAAGGCAAAGCGAAACAACAAAAUGGAGAUACAAAUUGCAUAAAUAAAUUUACGUUAUAAAAACAAAGAAAAACAAAAACAAAAAACACCAAAACUGAAAAUCGAAAAGCAAAAGCAUUAACGAAAUGAAAGCAAUUUUGAAGGCGCGGCGGCAUCAACACCACAAAAAAGGACACCAAGUGUAUGACAAGAAAGUACGAGUAAGAAAUAAAAGUUUAGUUACAUAAUAGUAGCGCACCCGACAACAAACAAAAAAGAAAAACCAAUUCCAGAAACCAGAAAUUGCAGGAAAAUCCCCCCCUCAAAACCUGCAGUCGUAUGUAAUAUGUAUUCACGGAAGGGAUCCCGUAUCCCGGUUCGUUUUUCCUGCUCCUUGUAAUGGAAUUCAAAAUGGAAAUUGAUUUAAGUUGCAUUUUGUAUAAAUUUUGAAAUAAAACCAAAUGACAGAUUAAUGUAAAAAGUUAAACACACAAAA